AUGGCAGACUUGUUCGAUAUACUGGGUGGUGCGAUGGUGUUCACCAAGAUAGACCUGAAGAUAGGUUAUUGGCAAGUUCGGAUUGCAAAGGGUGAUGCGCACAAGAUGACUUGUGUGACAAGAUAUGGUUCAUAUGAUUUCCUGGUUACACCGUUCGGCUUAACUAAUGCUCCAGCCACAUUUUGCACCCUGAUAAACCAAGUCUUCCGAGAGUAUAUUGACGAAUUCGAGGUGGUCUACUUGGAUGACAUUAUAGUAUAUAGUCAAACACUUGAAGAACACUUGGAUCACUUGCGGAAGGACCUAGCCUGA